UGAGGAAAAUAACUACAUCAUUCGAUUGUUCGAAUUCCUUAUGUUCAGAAACCAUCCCGCAAUCGUCAUGGAGCUAGUCGCCAUCGACCUCUUUGAUCAAUUCCAUGCCAACUCCACGAUCUUUGACCCGUCAACAAUCAGGCUCUAUACAAGAUCCAUGUUGAGGGCCCUUGCAAAACUUAAGAAGGAGGCCAUCAUUUAUGGCGACCUGAAGAUGGAAAACAUCAUGGUCAAGGACCACGCAACCGGCAACAUCAGGAUCAUUGAUUUCGGCCUGAGCGUCAUGAUGACGAAGCCAAGUGAGUAGUUUUACUUGUGUUUUCGUGUGAGGGUGUGUGUGUCUGUGCGUCUUUGUGAAUCUUUGUGAAUAUGCUGUGGUGUUAAUGACGACACGAAGGCAGAGCGUUGUCGGGGCUGACGCCAAACGGUUCAUUAAGGGCUUUCGCCUAGCUUUCGGUCAAGGGCAAACACAAGUCACUAGAUAAGCUAAAUCUCCCCAGGGGAAAAGGGUACUGGGAAUCCCUACGCCUCCCAGGCUAACGGGCUCUUCCCACAGCACUGACCGACGGUUCAUCCAACUCGGCCAGCCGGGUAAAGUAGCCCCCCCUAGCCUGGUGCUAUUUCUCCCCUACCCUGGGUCCCAACUUCCCUACCGCUCACGAUCCCGGCUCCCGGCGAAGACCCCGUCCACGUCACCGGUCCCCCCUCAAAUACCCUGAGGGGACAUGACAUCGCUCCUCCCGAGGCGAGUGGGACAUCCCGUCACCACUCUACUCCUCAACAAAUAUACGAGUGGGGAGCGCAAGUGCAGCGGUUAGCGCGGUGCGCUACGCACCCGGCCGCCCCGAGUUCGAUGCC